AUGCCUCUCAAGAAGCGCGUGGCUCCCUCGUCCCCCUCAGACUUCCGACCCAUCUCACUGCUCUACAUGUUGUCGAAGGUGCUCGAGCGACUUACUCAUGAUCAGAUCUCUGAGUACCUGGCCAAUAAAGGACUUCUUUAUCCCCUGCAGACGGGUUUCAGACGACAUAACUCUACGCAGACUGCACUCUUGAAGCUGACAGAUGACGUAAGACUGAAUAUUGACAAGAAACACAUGACGCAACUGUUACAGUUUGACUUCAGUAGGGCAUCUGACACUGUCUCACCCACUCAUUUACUUGAGAGGUUGAGGCGGACAGAAUUCUCCAUGGGCAGCUGCACUCUCAUGGGUCACUUCAUAUCUCUCUAA